AUGCCAAAAGAAGUUCCCAUCCCUUACACACCUCUUGGUAAGCCAAUUACUGAGUAUGUUGAAUACAACAAUGCCAAAUUUUUAACAACCACAUGGAAGGUCCCCUCCAACGUUGAAUACAAGGGAAAGGUCUUUUAUGUUCACGGAUUCAUGGAAAGUGCAACAAUUUAUACCGAGUACUUUGAUAACUUAUCCCAAAACGGAUACGAGGUGUUUUUCUAUGACCAAAGGGGUUCUGGAGAAACAUCGCCCAAUGACUUGGGUAGAACCAAUGAGUUUUAUACCUUUGAUGAUUUGGACUUUUUCCUCAAACGCAGCUUGGACACAAGAACUGACCCCAAAGAAAAAUUUAUUUUAAUGGGCCAUUCAAUGGGUGGUGGGAUUAUCUUGAAUUACGGUAUCAGAGGCAAGUACAAGGAUGGAAUCAAGGCUAUUGUUGCCUGCGGUCCGUUGAUUAGUUUGCAUCCUAAAACACAGCCAAACAUUGUCUCCAGAUUGGCAUUGCCAUAUGUUUCCAAGAUCUUACCAAACUUCAAGCUAGACUCAAAGUUGAAUUACGAUUACAUUACCUCAAAUAAAAGAUGGCAAAACUACAUUAGGGAACAUGAUAACAAGUUGAUUGGUUCUCUUGCCCAGUUUAAUGAUAUGUUUAAAAGGGGUAAAGAUUUGUUGAAUCCAGAAUAUGCAAAGAAGUUUGAUACUAGUAUUGCAUUGUUGAUUGUUCAUGGUACUCACGACUACAUCAAUGAUAUCAAAGGAAGUGAGGAGUUUUUCCCAUUGUUGCCUGAGAAUAUGAAUAAAGUGUUUGAUAAGAUUGAUGCUGGAAGGCAUAGUUUGUUUGUUGAGAAUGACGAGUUGUUUAAAUUGGUUUUCAAGAAAGUCACUGACUUCCUUCAUGAAUAUGCAAAGAAGGAUUAA